UCUAACAAUUUUUGUAAACACGCUUGUGGAAUACACAAAUUAUAUGUAUAAUAGGCAAAUGCUAUUUAUUGCGGAAGUAAUGGCUUCCUAAAAUUUAAUUGCUGAUAUUCAAUUUAAAGGGCAUGUUCAUAAACAUUGACAAUACAGUAAUCGAAAAGGUAAAGUUUCAAUGAAAAUGCAGUGCUUUCAGUAAACAUUUGUGUCUCCGGCUUAUUUCUGAUCGUUAUAAAUAUCGCGUCUGUAAAAAGCUACGAAGAAAUUGUGAAAAAUGAAACUUUUAUGAAGAAGAAGACUCAAAACCUUUGCCGGUUUUGACUUUUAACCGCAUAUCAGUAAAACAUUGUACGUUUGAUUAAAAUGAUAACUACGGUCUGAUGAUUGGCGGAGUAGUCAUUAUGCAUUUACAAAUGUGAGAUUUGUGAAGGAGUUUAUUGAGAUGGGUGAUGCUGGUGGCACGAUGUCAGCGAGAGGCAAGAUGAAAAAGAAAUUAGAGGACGACGAGGAAUCCGAGGAGGAAAUGUGCGAUAGCGAGGACGAAGACGAGACGAUCGCGCGGAUCCAACGCGCUCACUUCGCUCAGGCCGCCGCUAUGAACCCUCGGAGGAAAUCCAACCCGCGCCCUCGACCCAUGAGCCACAAGAGGAAAAUGGAAGCAGUCAAAAGCUUCCACAACUUCACCAAGAAACUGAAAAAGGACACUGGCAUAGCGAUACGUAGUAUAAUCGGCAAUGAUAUAUUAGAUUUAAGUGACUGUUCUAGUGAAGACAAUAAAAGUGAUAGUGACGGUCUAUCGGACGAGGAAUUCCAAGUGAACCCCAGUGCUGUGCAAGAGCUUGAGGAGGAGAACGAGAGUUACAUUGACCCUGAGACGGGGGACUUUGUUGAAGGUAAACAGACCGAAGCACCGAGUGAAGUGAAAACGGUACCGUCUCCUGACUCAGAGUCUAUGGCGCCGAGUGAGGAGGAGCCAAAGACGCUUACAAUAAGUGACAUAAUAAACGAAGGAGAUUUAGAUUUAACAAAAAAUGUAGAAAUAUCUGAGGUUGAAGGGAGUGAGUUGUGUCCUGCGGAGACAGCUGAAGAUUUGCUGAAUAUGUCAAAACAAGACGAAGGGAGUCAGGACUAUGAUAUUAGUGAGAAACUAAAUGAAAUUGAUGAGAUUAGUGAUAAGGCUUUAAAUGCUGAAGGAGAAGAGCCAAAGGCUGAAACAGAGGAUAAAAAACCUGAUGCUGAAGAUGAGAAAAAGCAGUCAAAUCCGAAUGCACUGAAUGUUCGACGCAACAUCAGAGAAGUCAUGGAUGAGAAGAAUUUGGAUGCCUCCACUCUAGCCGCUCAGAGGCAGGAGUCAGAGAGAUUGGCGCGAGUACAGGAACAGCAGAGGAUAAUCAGAGAAGUACAAAGGCAAAUAGCCAUCAACAGACAAAACAAAAUCCAUCAAAAAACCCUAUCCCUACUUCAGGGUGGCUCAUCCAUAUUGAAGAAAGGUGGUGCAGGACAGAAACUAAAUUUACCAAACACAGUAUUAGUUAAACUACCCGGCGAAGUCAAAAGGAGUCUCAACAAGGAACAUUUGGAAGUAACAAAGGUGGUUAAGCCCACUACUUCUGGUGCAUCUGCACUACAGAAGAAACCUGAUAAGAAAGAGGUUGUGGAAAUAGUGGACAGCAGUAGUGGUGAAGAGUCUUCAUCAUCAUCUUCUGAUUCUGAUGACUGUAUAAUGCUGUCAGAUUCUGAGGUACCUCCGAGCCCGGAAGCUGAGGAGGACCCGAGCAAUUCUGGCAUGCACGUAAACGACGCGUACAACAUACCCGACGAGCAGGGCCGCGUGCUGAUCAACAUCGGCCACGCAGAGAACGAGGAGGGCAUAUACCUGGCGCCGCAGAUCGCUAGGAUCAUCAAACCUCAUCAGAUUGGCGGAGUGAGGUUCCUCUUCGACAACAUAAUAGAGUCGGUGCAAAGGUUCUCGACGUCAACCGGCUUCGGCUGCAUACUAGCGCACUCCAUGGGUCUGGGGAAGACUCUGCAGAUUGUGUGCUUCUGCGACAUAUUCCUGAGGCACACCAACUCCAAGACCGUUCUGUGCAUCAUGCCUAUAAACACUUUGCAGAAUUGGGUUGCGGAGUUCAACAUGUGGCUGCCCCUAGACGCCACGAACAGUCCCCUAGCCGCGCACGGGGAGGUGCGUCCGAGGAACUUCCCCAUCUACGUGCUCAACGACAGCCAUAAGACGCUGCAGAUGCGAGCAAAAGUUGUUAAGGAUUGGUCAACAACUGGUGGUGUUCUCAUGAUAGGAUAUGAACUGUAUAGACUGCUUUGUAUGAAGAAAGAUAAAAAACCUCGCAAGAAAAAGAAAGCAGAUAAACCAGACGACAAAGAGAAGGAAAAGGAGAAAGAAAAAGAUGAAAAGAAAACCGAAAAACUAGAAGGCGGUGUAGAAGAUAUACAGGGUGUAGAUUCAAACCAGUCUAAACCUGACGAAAUUAAACCUGAAAAAGAAGAUUGCGAUUCUUUGCCACCUAACCCAGAGAAUAAAGAAGAGAAAAAGGAAGAUACACCCACUGAUGAGGAGAAAAAGCUUCUAGAUGAAAUGUACGAAGCUCUGGUAAGGCCGGGCCCAGACCUCGUGAUUUGCGAUGAAGGACAUCGAAUCAAGAACUCUCACUCGAACAUAUCUUACGCCUUGAAACAGAUGCGGACCAAACGACGUAUCGUUCUUACAGGGUAUCCUUUACAAAACAAUCUAUUGGAGUACUGGUGCAUGGUGGACUUCGUGCGACCAAACUAUUUGGGCAGUAAGACAGAGUUCUGCAACAUGUUCGAGAGGCCGAUACAGAACGGCCAGUGCAUAGACUCCACACCCCAAGAUAUACGGCUCAUGAGAUACAGAGCACACGUACUUCACUCGCUACUCGUCGGUUUUGUACAGAGGCGUUCACACGCUGUGUUACAAUCCACAUUGCCUCAGAAGGAAGAGUACGUGUUGCUCAUUCGUAUGACGCCGCUGCAGCGCAAACUGUACGUGCAGUUCAUGAAUGAGGUGGUGAGGUCUGCCAGCGUGCCCAAUCCGUUGAAGGCUUUCGCUAUAUGCUGCAAGAUAUGGAAUCACCCGGACGUGUUGUACAAUUUCCUGAAGAAGCGCAAUGAAAUAAACUGUGCCAUUGAAGAAGAUCUGGAUUUGGAGGAAAUCGGCGGAGUGACUAAAGCGGGCCGCGCGAGGAACAGCAAGGCAACUCCUCGCCGAGCCGCUAAACCUAGGGGAUCCAAGAAACCCGCGGCAACGAUACCUCCAAACACCACAGCACCUGCGUUACCUAAUCAAGGCGAUUCAUACCCCCCAAAUGGACCUUACGGGCCCCCAGGCUAUCAGAACCAGCCACAUCCAGAUCGACCUGAUGGAGACAGAUCAUACUCACAGUAUCCACCUUACCAGAACUCUGGCACCGGGUACUACCCACCCAAUCAGAACUACAAUCAACAAUACGGAAACAAUUAUUACCCCCAACAAGCGCCGUACAGCAAUAACUACCCUAACCAAUACCCCCCAGGUAACACUGAACAGGGGUACGAUCAGAACUACUGGCAAAACAGUAAUUAUUACCAAAAUCAAGGGUACUAUGGUAAUCAACAAUAUGGACCGAAUCAGGCCCCAUCAGAUUUCAAUGCCAACCCUACUCCAGCGUAUAACAACACACCGCAGUACCCGCCAAAUUAUACCGCCCCUUCAAACGGUCAACAGUAUCCAGAUGGUUCAAUACCCCCCUUCUCUAACAACCCAGAGGGAUACGAUAGCCAAAGCAGGCCAGAAUACAGAGCUCCGUUUCCAAAUACACCCGGAUAUUCUGACUAUAAUGCGCAGAAUCCGCCCCAAACGCCAUAUCAGGGUAAUCAACCCCAACGGCCUCAUGGUUAUCAAAAUCAAUCGUAUCCCACCCCAUACCCUGGAAGUGGCCCUUACGAUGCAAACUCCACCGCUCCAUACAACCAUUAUGGGAAUCAGCCUCAUCAAAAUUAUCCAAACUAUCCCAACACUAAUCCACAAGGAAACUUGUCUAGUCAACCUCCAGGUAGCCUAUCUGAUCAGCCCCAAGCAAAGACUGAGUGUCCUAUCGAUGCCAAUUAUCCUGACAUCAAAGCUGAGACGAAUAUAUCCCAAAGCUCCGCUGUUGUUCCAUACGGCGUCCCCUAUAAUUACCAUCAACAGAAUCCACAAUAUCCAGAAAAUUCAGAGAAUCCCAACAGUAAUUACAAUCCAUAUCCCAAUUAUUCAACACCUCUGGAGACUAAACCACCCUUAUGUAGUGCCAGCUCCGGAAGUCCAGUAACUUCGUGGCCGUUAACUGAGACACUCAAAACCGAAGUGGACAGAUUAAAAGCCGAAGAUAAAAUGGAAAUGAAAUCCGAAUCGGACGGAGAAGUUAAAAUCGAAGAUUUGGACACGAAAAAGAUCGUUAAGGAUGAAAUAAAGAAGGAGCACAACAUACCAAAUGUGCUACCUCCAAUAUGUCCGAUUGAUGUGAAGAAUGAUAAGUUGCCUAAAGCAAGUAAUGCGAAAAAUGAUCCUGUCACAGAACCGGAAACUGUAAAAAGGGGUAGACCAAGGGGUAAGGCGAAGGAAAAGAAAGACACUGAUAAACCCAAACCAAGGGGUAGGCCAAAGGCUAAGGGACGGAAAGAUCGGAAAACCUCUAAAGAAAAGACUAACGAAGACUCGGAAUCGGAGGAGAGCGAAAAAGAAGAGAAAUUGAGCAAAGAAGAGAAACUGGCCCUUUCUAAGCAGAUAGAGGAAAUGACAUAUGAUUGGGCGACAGAGUUACUAAAGGACUACGUGCCUGGACUUAUAGAAAACUCUGCAAAGAUGGAGCUUUUCUUUUACAUACUGAACGAGAGUAUAAAACUCGGCGAUAGACUGUUAUUGUUCAGUCAGAGUUUGUUCACUUUGAAUCUCAUUGAAGACUACCUGGAGAGGAACUACAUACCUGGAACAAAUCAACUCUGGGAGAGGAAUACUUCGUACUAUCGGCUUGAUGGUUCGACGCAUGCGUUGGAACGCGAAAAGCUUAUAAACGAGUUCAACGCGAAUCCGAACGUGCACUUGUUCCUGGUGUCGACGCGCGCGGGGUCACUGGGGAUCAAUCUGGUCGGAGCGAAUCGGGUCAUCGUGUUCGACGCGAGCUGGAACCCUUGCCACGACACGCAAGCUGUUUGUCGAGUUUAUAGAUACGGCCAAAGAAAGCCGUGUUUCGUGUACCGUUUCGUGAUGGACUGUUGUCUGGAGAGGAAGAUAUACGACAGACAGAUCAACAAGCAGGGCAUGGCGGACCGGGUGGUCGACGAGUGCAACCCGGAUGCUGUGCUGUCCAUGAAGGAAAUCACUAAUUUGUGCUAUGACAAUGACGAGAAGGUGCCAGAGAUAAAAGACCUGCUAGAAUUCAAGGACAAAUACAUCGACGUGUUGAUGCAAGGUGUUAUAACGUUACACAGCAAACUGUUGUGCAAAGAGCCGUUCCAACACGAAUCGCUACUCGUCGACAGAAAGGAGAAAAAGCUAUCCAGUGCUGAAAAGAGGCUCGCACAGAGAGGGUACGAAUUAGAGAAGAAAGCAGCUCUAGCUCCAAAGCCAACCACGGCAUAUAGAACAGUGCGCACAGCGGACGGCAGCCUGGUGCAGCGGCCCGUGGCGUCGGUGCGGCCCAUGCAGCACGGCGCGCGCUGGAUACCCGCCGACGUGUGGCGGCGGCAGGGCAUGACUGCGCAGGAGAUGACUCUGCCGCUAGAUGUUGUCAUACCUACUAACUCGCCUGAGAAGACUAAUAUCGUGCUGAAAGCCGGCCAGCGAGUCAUGGUGUUGAAGUCGCCCAAAGGAAUCUACAUGCAGUUGGAAUCUGGCAAGAUUAUAGCUAUCAAAACAUCCUUCAAAGGCUUAGGCCAAAAGGGAGGCGAUAAUAAGGACAGCCCAAUAGGCAAGAAAGUUUUAGGUAGUCGACCUACGUCGGCUAACAUUCCUGGGUCCUUGAAAAAUAACUCUGCUAUUACAAUCACAUCUAAAUCCGGACCGAGACCAGCUUUUAAUCGAGUUAUAAGGCCUGGAAUGAACAAAAUGUCGCGGCCCUUGCUUCCGGGCCAAAAAAUUGCCGACAUUAGAAAUCGUUUAGGAGAUAUGCGGUCGUAUGCGAUGCGUCCAAAACUACCUAUGGGUCGUAUGUUGAGACCUAAUUUACCCGGAUCACUCAGCAUUACGAAAAUACCCAGGGAAGUUAAAAAACCUGUCAACAUCAGAAAUGGUCCAUCAACGAACGUUGAAGAAACUGAAAUAUUAGAUAGUGAUGAUGAAGUUGAUUCAUCGAAAGCAAAAGAAAUUAAAGGAACUGACAGCAAGAAAGACAGUAAAAACGAGGAAGACAACAGUGUUGAAGAAACUAAGGUGCAAGAUCAAGUGCCUGAACCACCCAAGAAUGAAUCAGAUAAAGUUAGGACACCUGAAAAAGAAGUACCCAAUGUUGAGGAUACGAAGCCGAUAGUUUUGGAAACAGAUGAAAAACUACCAUCAGAAGAGGUGCUAGAAAAUAAGCCAACAGAAAGUACUAGUAAAACUCCUGAAACAGUCCCCAGUUCGCAGGCGAGCUUAUCAAAUGAACCUAUGAAUCUCGUUAGUAGAACGUCGAGUAAGAUAAACUUAUUGAAGAACUAUAGACACCAACGUCCCAUGACUCGACCGCCGAAUGAGUCGAGUUUGAGCCAACUCGAAAGGACAGCCAUUUCGUUGAACAAAGAAGGCCUGCCAGAUUUUCGCAAAAAUUUGGACGAUAUCACGCAAUCGUAUUCGCCAGGUACAGAAGAAAAAAGCGGUUCGAGGAAAAAGAAAUCGCCGAACAAAGUCGACGUUUCCGAUCAGAGUGAGAAGACAAAUUCAAUGUCUCACAGCGUAUCUAGUCUACUGAGCAACACUCAGAAGCCGAGAAUGGAGCAUGGAUUGAAUUCGAUGCCGCAAAAUAGGUUGCCUAGUCCGGGAAAUUUGCCCAUGUCGCAAGAUCCGCAUUCUCUACCGUACAAUAUGGGUAAACCUCAGUUGCCAAAUGUUGGACACAGUGGGAUGAUGGCUAGUGGUGCACCAGUGGCCAGUGAUGGAGACAAUAUUGGGAAUUCAGCCGUCAGUGGGCAGCAUCCGCCGAAUGUAAUGUCUCCCAAUCUUCCUGUUCCUGGGCAGCCAUACCCUGGGAACCCGCCACCUGAAGGACCUUAUGGACAAUAUCCAGGUUACGGAAUGGGAUACGGCGCGUAUCCGAACGCGGCUUAUUAUGGCGGUUACGGCAGCGGAUACUACCCCCCGUACGCGGCGCCGGCGGCCCCCUUCCCCACUCCCCCUGCCGCCGCACCCGCGGAGACCUACCCCCCGCCGAACCCACAGUGGUAAACCAUAGACAAUACCAAACAGUUCGUUCGUGUACCGCAUAAUAUCACGACAUAGUGUUAGAGAUGGUCGUAAGAUUUCAUAAACGUCUAAUACAUUUACAAUAUCUGCAAUAUUAAUGUUCUGUAGGCCUUAGCUUACACUAAUUACAUAAGGAAUUAGUGUAAGCUACUACAUACUUUUCUGUCAAAGUAUAAGAUCAACGAUCUAAUGCGAUUGUAAAAACUGUCUCUAUAGACUCGAUGUUUCAUAGUUCGUCGCAUUUGAAUGGUAUAAAAACGGUCAACAACUGAAACAAAGUGAAACUUAACUUCAUCUUUUAGUAAACUAGUACUAAAAGAUUAAGUUAAGUUUCACUUGUAAGUAUCUCUAAAUUAAUUAUAUCAAAGUUGUAAUAAAAACAAACUUUAUAAAGAUCGAUUCUUCUUAUAAAUCUCGGAGCUCUUUACACGACGUAAAAGAUUACAACAAUGAAACAUCGAUUCUAUAGAAGCAGUUGUUAUUUGACUUGUUCUUUGACAGAGGGGUAACGUCUAGCAAGGCAGGUCUCUCUGUAAUUCGUCUGAGAUGUAUACACACGAAUAAAAAGCAAACAGACUUCCCUUAGCAUGGCUAUAACAAGUUUUAUUUUGAAAGCUAAAUAAUAAAGAUUUUUGAAAUGUUUGUGAUAGAUAUAAUGAAAUACAGUUUAUUAAAAUAAAAGGGUAUCAAAUGAUAUUCAAAAUUAGUAAAACCGGAAUUCUGAGUAUCAUACAAACGAUUUUUCGAAUAGACUUAUUUUAUUCCUCAAAACGUUUUUAGAAGAUUUCAAUACAGAACAUUACUAAUAUUGUUUUUAAUGUAUUAGAUAUUUAUGUAAUUAUAUAAAUGUCACUUAUUUUACAGUACGAAUGAGUGUUUAAGUGACGCGAGUAGAUUGUUUAGAUCGAUCUUUACUUAGCGAUUAUUUCUAAAAUGUACACACACUGUCUCUGGAUGAGGAAAUACAUUAUAAAUACAACAGGGUAUCUAGCCAUUACAUAUCGAUUCUCUUUCUAUAAUCGCUAACGAUUCGAAACGUAAAAAAAUUAUGAUUCUUUAUCGAUAGGCCACGUGAUCAACUUAUCAAUUAGAUAUGUCAUUCGAUACAUUUUUCAAUUUUCGAAGCGAUAGCGAUUGUAGAAAGAGAAUCGCUAACGCUUCGAAACGUAGAAAAAUAUGAGAAUGACAUUCGUUAUCGAUAGGUCACGCUUCAAUCAGAUAUGUCAUUCGAUACAUUUUUAAAUUUUCGAAGCGAUAGCGAUUGUAGAAAGAGAAUCGCUAACGCUUCGAAACGUAGAAAAUUAUGAGAAUUACAUUCGUUAUCGAUCACGUGAUCAACUUAUCAAUCGGAUAUGUCAUUCGAUAGAUUUUUCAAUUUUCGAAAUCGAUAGCGAUUGUAGAAAGAGAAUCGAUAACAUGGCUAGAGGCCUAAUAUUGGUCACCACGAUACGCGCUGAAUAUUUAUAGUGGGUUUCUAAUUGUAAAAAUUCAUACAACAUUGUAUGUAGAUUUUUGAGUGUGCCGGAGUCUUAAAGCUCUUUGUAAUAUUAUGCCAUUUAAAGUUACUAUAGUGAUGAUUUUUUUUGUUGUUAAUUAAAUUAAUUAGAACAGAAUUCGGGCGUCGCCGUCUUUUUAAAAAUUUGCGAAAACUGUAAGCGUAUUGUAAUAUUUUUGCCUAUUAGAAUGAUUUUUAUGAAUUGAAAGUUUAGUUCUCUCGAACUGAUUCUGACCCCUUUAUUGCUAGUACCAGAAGAAUGCAUGCGUUAACGAUACUUAUAUCUUAUGACAAGAAAAAGACAUAUGUGUGGAUCACAAAAGAGAGUGAUAUUUUUGAUUUUUAUCAAUAUUAUCUAUCAAAUAGAUUCAGAUCGCCAUUAUGAUCAUGUCACCCGAUGAUAAAUAGCCUUAUGUAGAGGCUUCUAAACACCAGAGUCAUACGCUGAGUCAAGAAAUAUUAUUUUGUUUUAAACAUAGCAAUAAUAUACAAAUAACUUCUUUGGAAUCUGUUCGAGAGAGGCUUAGGGUCAGUUUCACCAAUUUCUGAUUAGUGUCAGAUUUUAACAAGUUUUGUCAUUGUUGUUUGACAUAAAGUAAGAAAUUGGCAAAACUUACGGUUAGACUAUCCGUCGCUUUUCAAAAGGUGGUGAAACUGGCCCAACUUUCACCCUUUAGUGAUGACUGAUGAUAGUUUCCUUUUGGUAUACUAUUUUUUAGCUUCAUGAAAUUUGUGCAAAAUAGAAUCAGUACUUAUUUUAAGCGAUGACUGUCUUUGAACAAAGUUUCCUUAUUUUUUUUUUUGUAUUGUGAAUAAAAUGAAAUUAAAUAAAAAAAAAAUCGAUUACAAUUAUUUACUUUUAGUAAAUUAAUUAUAUAAUAAUAUGUAUGUUUAAUAUAAAUCUCAAUAUUUCCAAUUGUAUACUCCAUUAGAUACGCAAAUGGUGAGCGCAUUGCAGUAUUUCCAUUGCGGCUAUGCCACGGUCGGUAGAUGUGAUAAUAAAUAUGUUGCUAUAAUCUAGCAUAUAAGUCGAAUAUAGCGUUUAAGGAGUAUUUAUCGUUUAACUAGCUUAGAUAGGCGUAUAUAAUUUAGAUUGUCUUAGGAUGUUUUCGGUUGUCAUUUUAAUAGUUACACCCCCUGUAUUACAAAACUUAUGGACCGUGCUGCGGUCGAUAUCCUUGUCGAUUCUUGCUCUAAAUGUCAAUAAAAAUGAUUUUAACUGUCGUAAUCAUUGACCUCUUACAAUAAAAGGACGCACAAUCAUAUAGAAAAUUUUACUUAAAAACUGGCCAUGUCCAAUAUUCAAUAAAAUCCCGAAUUCAGAACAACUUCAACCUUAAGUAUUGAGUUUAAGGUUGAAUUUGCAAAUGCGACUUCUUGAAUUGAGUGCCAAGAAGUUGUUUGGCGCUUAUUGAGUGGGGACGUUUUUUGGUCGCUGAUUGUGCAUCCACUUUUUAAUAGGAGAUCGAUGGUCGUAAGUAAUCAAUUUACAUAAUACAGCUGAUGAUAAUAUUUAGAAGUGAUUUUAGUGUUCGUAUGUGCGAAUUUUUUGUCUAAAAUCACUAAAUAUUAGCCGGUUAUGGCUUUCAACAUUAGUAUGGUAUCUUUAUCGAUAUCGUCGUUGCGUCGAUCUCUUUAAUUAAAUAUUUAAAUUCUAAUAAAGCUUGAUUCUUUCUUUCAUUUAAAUGUGACUAAAAUUAAACUUCAUCGAAUUUCGUGGCAAGAAAUUUAGUAUAAUCGAAAAUCCGGAUAGAUGAAUGUAUGAGCUUUACUUUAACGCCGAAUUGUAGAACUUCGUUCUCUAAUGCUCUGUACAAGGGAUGCUGAAUAUAGCAACAAGUUGAUUCAUUGAAUAUAUGCGUUAGCUUAUUAGUAUCAUUGACUAAAAUUCUUACAAUAGCAAAAUAAAUUAAUUGAUUAAAAAAUAAUAUAUAAAAGACAACCGAUAUUAACUAUCAACACACAGCUCAAACCACUCAACAGAUUGUGUUAACUUUUUGAACAUUGAAAAGAUUUUUCUAAAUUUACCCCCUAAAAGAUAGUAAUAAAUCCCAAAGUCAUGCGCAUCAGCUAGUUAAAAUAGAAAAUAGUGAUUUAUUUCCAAAUAUUAUAAAAUAUGUAUCAAUGGGGAUGAUGACUAGGUUUGAAUAUAUUGAUUUUUAUGAUACAUUCAGAUAAAUAAGGUAAAUGUUAACUAAUUUAUACAUAAAAAGCUAAGAUUGACUGGAUACUUGCAAAAAAAAUAAGAUUAUAAAAUUUCAAAAUCUACUAAAAAUAUUUUAUCGUAAUUAGAUGAAAAUUCAUACAGUUUUAGCUUCCUUAUAUUAAAUGUGACAUUUUUUAAUAUUUGAACUAUUAACAUAAACGCAGAAAUAACAUUAUUUAUAUUAGUAAUUUUGUUUAAAUGCCCAUACAAAUCUAACGAUCAUUAAUUUGUCUACGACGUCAUAAGUUCGUACCAUAUUGUAUGGGGCGUUUUCAGGGAUCCGCGGCAGCGCCGCAAAUCUGACCCUUUAAAUCCCUGUAGCUCCGAAAGUAAUGAUCGCAGAUACCCUGUUACUUUUACAAAAUUGCUUUACUAUUAGCGUACUCUUAAUUUAUAUACAAUUAAAAAAACUGUCAUCCCUAUUUUGAUCGAUGCACCGACGAUAUACAUAGCUGUUAUAUAUAUUUAUCUCAUGUAUGUAUUUAUGUUUGAGUGCAAAUUGAUGUUCUCGUUCGAUAUCUAAUUACUAGAGGUGGUAAAAUAAAUAUUUUUUCUUUGGUGUGUUCUUUCACCUUGAAUCUCCUUUAAAUUUCAUCUAAUGAAAGUAAUAUUUUAUCAAUUACAUGUUUAUUUAUUUCUAUUACAACUUGUCACAUAUAUGAUUGUGAUUUAUAUAAAAAGAAACUUUUUAAAUUUUUAAAUUUAUUCCAAUUGACUAUAAAUUUCAAAUGAAGUACCUGCUAUGACAUAUAAUUUGGGAACUAAAAAUAAUUACGGAUAAUAGUUUUCAUUCGACUGUACCAAUUAUAAACUAAAAAAACAUUGACAGACUGUCAUUUUAGUGCCAUUUAUUCAAUUUAAUUUCCGUUGGAAUAUGAAUUUGACACUAAUUUUAGAAUUGAACUAUACAUUUUGACUACAGUCGAAUUACAUUAUCUUAUUAUAAUUAUUUUAGUUUCAUGAUUUUAUUAUAUUUUUAAAUUAUUCUGUUUUUUGAGUAAUAAAUUUUUACAUGUAUUUUUUGAAAUUCUUUUGACGUAAUUUAUUUUAAAAACACGCCAGAGGAGAAGUAAAGUAUCUUAUUACGUGGUUAAGUGUAAUAAAAUUUAUACUUGUGGUAAUUACUAUUGGAUUUAGUAUGAUGUCCCGUGUACAAAAUGUUCGAAGUCAUACAUUUAUUAUUAAUGAAUAUUGCAUUUUAAAAUGGUCAAAUAGUUACUGUACUGACGGUAUGGAAUAAAGAAACUAACAAAGUGUA